UAGUGGGUUCAACACGUCACGCAUGUUUCUAAAAAAUAUUUUAAACAUGACAAAGAUAAUAUAACCGGAAACAGGCUUGGAAAUAUUAGGUGAUAUGGACUCUAAACGCCACAGUGUCAAAGGAUCAGACGUCUACAUGAACAGCUGUCUCUAUGGAAAUGGCACUAGCUUUGUAGAGUCUUUGUUUGAGGAAUUUGACUGUGAUUUGCACAUGCUCAGUGCAUCUCCAGUGGAGCAGAAGGAGCACAAAGAGGAGAAAAUACAUCUUAUUAAAUCUACUCCGACUGACACGCCUCCACCUCUGCCAGCCACCCCACUUCCUGAUGAUUACUAUGAAGAAGCUGUUCCUCUUGAUCCUGGAUCCUCUCCGCAGUAUUUUACCACCAGUAUAAACACUUCCAGGAACUCUGUUGAAGAUGCCUACUAUGAAGACGCUGACAAUAACUACCCCAUCACCAGGAUUAAUGGACCCUCUAAAACCUCCAACAAUGAUUCAGACGCACUGAGCAGCUCCUACGAGUCAUAUGAAGAAGAAGACGAGGAGGCCAAGGGACGGGACCCGUCUCAGAGGUGGAAGGCUGAAGGAAGUCCAGAUGAACCGGUCAGAGACUGCCACAUCUGUGCCUUCCUGCUGCGAAAGAAACGCUUCGGCCAAUGGACAAAGCAGCUAGUUGUUGUUAAAGAUAGUAAACUUCAGUGCUUUAAGAGCAUCAAGGAGACUUCUCCCAACACAGAGCUCCCGCUGAAUCUUUGCAACGUCAUCUACGUCCCAAAGGAAGGUCGGAAAAAGAGGCACGAGCUGCGCUUCUCGUUACCUGGUGGYGAAGCUCUUGUCUUGGCCGUUCAGAGCAAAGAACAGGCCCAGCGCUGGCUCAAGGUGGUCCACGAUGUUGGCAACCAGUGCAGCAACACUGAAGGACUGAAUGGAUCCACUUCACCGAUUAUACAAAGGAAACUGGAGAUUGACAAGAUAUUGCAGUCUGACAGACAGACAUCAGACUCAGACAGCGGAGCGACAGGAGACGGUCAGGCCACCRCACACCCGCUGGGCCGAGACACCACCGACUCACUCAACAGGGGGAAGCGCGGCACGUUCUCAGAGCUGACGGGGUCGAUGAGCCGAGCCGCAGGCAAGAAAAUCAAUCGGAUCAUCACUUUCUCCAAAAAGAAACCUCCUUUACCUGGGGAGCCUUCCUCAUCUACAGGUUUCAGUGAUAACCCUCGCUGUGGGUACCUCAGUGUGUGUCUGAGCGCUUCAUGGAAGGAGCGGUGGUGCGUGCUGCGGGGGGGAAGCUUGCACCUGCAGAAGGACCCCGGGGAUCAGCGGCCCCCUGCUGUUGUGGUGCCCCUGAAGGGGGCGGAGGUGGUGCCCGGUGGCCUCGGACCUAAACAUCCCUUCUCUUUUCGCAUCAUGCAARGGGGGAAUGAACUGGCAGCUUUAGAGGCCAGCUCCUCGGAGGAYCUGGGCCGCUGGCUGGGGGUUUUGUUUGCAGAGACCGGCAGCGCCACUCUUCCUGACGAGCUGCACUACGACUACAUCGACGUGGACACGCUCACUGACAUCCGGCACGCUGCCAGACACUCCUUCCUGUGGGCCACCACCAUUGCUACUUCUUCCAGCAGCGCCUCAACAGACUCCAGAACCUACGAUGAGGUCUAUGAAAGCAUUGAGGAUGAGAAUGYGGAGAGCAAAGCAGGUCAGGUUAGACGUCACGCCUCCUUCUCCAGCAGAGACUCCGAGAAAACCGAACAACAAGCUACCAUUAAGAGACACGCCUCCAAUGUAAAUCAAUAUGGACGYUAUGGAAAAACGCGCGCAGAGGAGGACGCCAGGCGGUACCUGAGACAAAAAGAGGAGCUGGAAAAGCAAAAGGAGGAGCUCCGAAACACACUGAUUUCCCUCCGCAGGGAGAARAGGGAGGUGAAGGAGGAGAUGAAGAGUGAAACAGCUCGUGGUAGGGAGGAGCGGUUAGCAGAGCUGGAAACGUUGUGCAAACAGAAGGAGGAGGAGAGGGUGGAGCUGGAGCUCAAACUAACAGAAGUCAAAGAAAACCUGAAGAAAUCUCUGGCAAGAGGAGCRCUUGGUCCUCCUGCUGACGCCAAAGUCAGUGUCAAGGCAGCAGGAACCAAAGCUGAAAAGAUUUACAGUGAGACUGUGCCUGUGAACUCAGCGUCUGAGCUCCGUAAACGGCCUCCUUCUCUUCACGCCUCCUCCAAGGGGAACGUCAUGCAGAAAGCAAAGGAAUGGGAGUCAAAGAAGGGAACUUAGACUGAACAAAAAUAGAUGUACCGGAGUCCCUGAGAGGAAAAACAAACUUUAAUCUGUGGCGGGAGAAUGUGUAAAAGAAGACUGCACUAAGAGGAAGAAAACUGGUGCUGAAGAAGAGGAGGAAGAGAAGAGGGAGCAGAACAGACAGAUAAAAGAGCUCAGACGGCACSACGCUGCCUCAGCCACUGUAAAUGAACUGACCUUACUGAUAAACCAGCUCAGUAUUAAUGUGAUUCUUCUCAAAGUGACUAUAGUGUGUGUGUCUCUGUGUGUGUGUGUGAGUGUGUGUGUUUACAUUUGCACAAGGCUGCAUAAAAGCGAACCUGUAACUGUUUCAUAAAAUUGAAAAGCAAAGGGAGAGUGGUUUAUACUGAGCUCAGAGAAAAGACACGUCCUUUUCCUCACCCCCCCCAAUCUGUCCAUUAUUUUUAUUCACACAAAACAUGGAAAUAAAACAAACAAAACUGAAGAAAAAAGAGAAAUUUAUCAGUAUUACUGACAGGAAUUUAUUUUCUGUUCCCUAUUUAAACCUUUAAACUUCACAAGUUUUACACUGUGCCUAAAUUAAGCCAAUGUUUAUUGUUGCRAUGUGAAAUGAUUGGUUUAAUUGUUUUAUAUAUAUUAUGUUUGCACUUUAUCUUGUUGCAUUUUGUGAUAAUACAAAUGUUUUGACUGUAGCAUUGACAACCCUUUGUCUGCUUUUCUAUGUCGUUGGUGAUAUGAUCAAAAACAUAAAAUAUUAGAGUAAAGAAUUUCUGUUUAAAAUAA